UAAUACAAAAUCUUCAUCGCUUUCUUUUUCCUUUAAACACACCAAACCUCCUUAUAAUCCAAUUUCCACAGCAGCAGCAGCGGCCGAAGCUCCCUAAACCAACUCACGUUGCUCCACGCCAACACCUUUCUUCUUUUUCUUCUUUCGUCGCCCACUGUAUUUUUGCUGAUGGCAGAGGAAAAGUUGGACCCAAAUGUCCCAUCCGAACAAAAUGGGACUUUAGAGCCAGAAAGUACCAGUGAUGAGCCUGCUGAACAGGCUCCAACACUCCAAAACAAUGAAGAAGAUGAAAAAGAAGCUACAAAGAAGAAAAAGAAGAAAAAUAAAAACAAGAAAAAGAAAGCUCCAUCAGAGCAGAGUAAUGCACCAUCUCUGCUUGGACAGACUGAUCCACCAUCUAUUCCUGUAAUUGACCUUUUUCCGUCGGGAGAGUUUCCUGAGGGGGAGAUCCAAAACUAUAAGGACGAUAACUUAUGGAGGACUACCUCUGAAGAGAAGAGGGAGUUGGAGCGCCUUGAAAAACCAAUGUAUAAUUCAGUUCGCCGAGCAGCUGAAGUUCAUCGUCAGGUUAGGAAACACAUUAGAAGCAUUUUGAAGCCUGGAAUGUUAAUGACUGAUAUAUGUGAGACAUUGGAAAACACAGUCCGCAAGUUAAUAUCUGAAAAUGGUUUGGAAGCAGGCAUUGCUUUUCCAACAGGAUGCUCUUUGAAUUGGAUUGCUGCUCACUGGACUCCAAAUGCAGGAGAUAAAACUGUGCUUCAGUAUGAUGAUGUGAUGAAAUUGGAUUUUGGAACUCAUGUUGAUGGAUUAAUUGUUGACUGUGCUUUUACUUUUGCGUUCAACCCAAUGUUUGAUCCAUUGCUUGAAGCCUCACGUGAAGCAACCAAUACUGGUAUCAAGGAGGCUGGAAUCGAUGUUCGUCUUUGUGAUAUCGGUGCUGCAAUCCAAGAGGUUAUGGAGUCUUAUGAGGUUGAAAUUAAUGGAAAGGUGCAUCAAGUUAAAAGUAUUCGAAACUUGAAUGGACAUAGCAUUGGACCCUACCAAAUACACGCAGGAAAAUCUGUUCCUAUUGUGAAAGGUGGAGAGCAGACAAAAAUGGAAGAGGGUGAAUUUUUUGCAAUUGAAACUUUUGGGUCAACAGGGAAGGGAUAUGUCAGAGAAGAUCUAGAAUGUAGCCAUUACAUGAAAAAUUUUGAUGUUGGUCACAUUCCCCUGAGGUUGCCUAGGGCAAAGCAGUUACUUGCCACAAUUAACAAGAACUUUUCCACUUUGGCUUUCUGCAAACGAUAUCUGGACCGUCUAGGAGAAACCAAAUAUCUUAUGGCAUUAAAGAAUUUGUGUGAUGCCGGUAUAGUCCAGCCUUAUCCUCCUCUAUGUGAUGUUAAAGGCAGCUAUGUAUCUCAGUUUGAACAUACAAUCUUACUCCGGCCAACUUGCAAAGAGGUCAUUUCCAGAGGUGAUGACUACUGACAUGGAAGGAAUUAAAUUUUGCUCUUGCAUGCAUGCGGCUGUACAACAUAUUACUAGACCUAAAAAAAUAUGAACUUUAUCCAUUUAAAUUUUAUACUUUAUUUAUGUUUGUUUCUUAUUCAGUUUUGUUGGACUAUUACUUGUUUUACAAGUGGUAUUACACUCUUCUGUAAUGGAAAUGUUGAAUUGCCAAUUUAGAGGAGUUUACAGAUUGAUCUUCAAACAAA